AAAUGCGCGAGCUGAUAAGUAUUUCCUAUAAAACAAUGUAAGUAUAAUAAAAGAAAAAGUUAAAAUGAUUUUCCUUCUUUGCGUUCUUCUGCUCCUGGUCGCUCUGUACUACUACGGCACCAGGAACCACGACCACUGGUCGAGGAAGCACGUCGCGGGCGACCGGCCGCUCCCCUUCGCCGGGAACAGCCUCGCCCAGUACGCGGAGGGGGUCAGCCUGGCCGGCCGCUACGAGAGUCUCCACAGGCGCUACCCGAACGAGAGAUGCGUCGGAUUCUUCAAAGGGAACCGGCCGGGGCUGCUGCUGCGGGACCCCGAGCUGAUAAAGCGCGUCCUAAUAGCGGACUUCCGGCACUUCCACGACAAGGGCCUGUGCGCGGUGACCCGCGAGCCGCUGCUGAGGAACCUGUUCACCGCCGACGGGGACGUGUGGAAGCUGGUGAGGCAGAACCUGACGCCGGCGUUCUCGAACGCCAAGCUGCGGGCGAUGUUCCCGCUGGUACAGAAGGUGUCCGGGCGCCUGGCCGACGUGAUCGGCCGCCGCGUCGCCGGUAGCGCGGAGUUGGACGCGCGCGCCCUCAUGACCAAGUACGUGACGGACAUCGUCGGCAUGUGCGGCUUCGGCCUCGACACGAACACGCUGGCGGACGAGUCGCCGGACUUCGCCGCGCUCGGAGCUCGUAUAUUCAAGAUAAAGCCGCGCGACGCCGUCAUCGGCGUGGCGAAGGAGCUGGCGCCCGAGUUGUUCAUGAACCUGCACUUCCUCUCGGCGGAAGUGACCGGGAAGAUAGUGUCGCUAACGCGGCAGGUGGCGGCGCAGCGGGGCCACGCCCCCUCGGGCCGGCACGACUUCGUGGACCUGCUGCUCGAGCUGCGGCGGCGGGGCGCGCUGGUCGGCGAGUCCAUCGAGACGUGCGAUCCGAACGGAGCGCCGGCUAGAGUUGAAAUCGGGCUGGACGAUGAGCUGAUGGCCGCGCAGGUGUUCAUAUUCUUCACGGCGGGGUUCGAGACCUCGUCGUCCGCGGCCAGCUUCAUGCUGCACGAGCUGGCGUACGACCGCCGCGCGCAGGACCGCUGUCGGCGCGAGGUGUGCGACGUGCUCGACAAGUACGACGGUGAAUUGUGCUACGACGCCGUCAGGGAGAUGAAGUACUUGGAAAUGACGUUGAAGGAAACUCUACGCCUACAUCCGUCGCCGGCUUUUCUUUUACGAAAGUGUGUGAGGAGCUACCGGUUCCCCGGGACCGAUAUAACUAUAGACAAGGGCACGGAUCUGAUAAUUUCCAACUUGGGCCUGCAUCGCGACGAGGAGCACUUCCCGAACGCCACGGAGUUCAGACCGGAGCGAUUCCAUCCCGACAAUGUGGGGACUAUCAACAAGUGCACCUAUUUACCUUUCGGAGACGGCCCCAGAGCUUGCAUUGGUGAGCGCAUGGGUCUGAUGCAGACGCUGGCGGGUGUCGCGACAGUGCUGCGUCACUGCACCGUGGCGCCCUCCGCCCGCUCGGUGCGGGAACCCCGCGUCGACCGCAACUCCGUGCUCAUAGACAACAUCGUUGGGGGACUUCCCCUGAUGUUCACUAGAAUUGACAUGUAAUGCCAUCCAUAAAAUAUUUCACACCUAAAGGGGGUAGGGGGUCGACGAAUAUUGAGGUGGUUUUAAUUUUUAGAUGUAAAAUUGUAAAUUUGUGAUGUCAAGCGAGGGGAGGUCUCACCAAUGUGACCAUAUUAUGUGACAAGUAGGCGGGGGAAGGGAGGGGGUCUAAAAUCAUAAAAAUCGUGUGACGUACUUUAUGGAUGGUUGCAAUUCGACGUCAUAGUUCAUACAAAGUGUCAUUAAAAUUUACUAGUGGUGCAAUCACAUCGUUUAUCAUAGUCACACUGCACCUAUUAAUAGUAGUGGAGGGGA